CUGCGAAGCGUGUCUAUUACUUGGCCUAUGCAUCAUGUUUCGGCCCAGUGCAGGUAUAUAAGUUGAUGCAAUAUCGCCGCCGGGCCCCACUGCAGUGAACAGAUUCUUCUCAGUGAAUCCUCUCGAGUCUUUUGAGAUCCAACCACAAGUUAAAGAUGGCAUUCGCCGGAAUUCUGAGUGACUCUGACAUCACUGCAGCCCUUGCUGCUUGCCAAGCUGCCGACUCCUUCAACCACAAGGUGUUCUUCGCUAAGGUCGGGCUGGCCGGCAAGUCCGCUGAAAACAUCAAGAAGGCUUUUGAGGUCAUUGACCAGGACAAGAGCGGCUUCAUCGAGGAGGAGGAGCUCAAGCUCUUCCUGCAGAAUUUCUCUGCUAGUGCCAGAGCGCUGACUGACAAAGAGACCAAGGCGUUUCUCCAGGCUGGUGACACUGAUGGCGAUGGCAAGAUCGGAGUUCAAGAGUUUUCUGUUAUGGUCCAGUCCUAAACCAACAAGCUGACCAACAUCUUACUUGACUACUCUUAAGGAACAACUUGAGCCCAGAUAUUCUCUUCUUCUCUCUCACUUUCUCCCUUCAACUCCAUUUUUUUUUUUAUACAUUUGGCCAUUGAGCUCUGAAGCCAAAUCAAGCCGCUCCGCCUCCUGUUGGUUGUGCUGCCCACAAUGAAUGUAGCUGACUGUGUGGUGUGCGUUUGUGUCUUCCUUUCUUUCUCUCUCUCUCUCAAAUACUUCUGACGUCAUCGUUGUACUGUGACCUUUGCUUACUGUGACAUCAGUGCUGGUGCACUUGAAUGGCAAAUGGACGGACGAUGAGAACAACAAUAAAGGUGCUUUUUCAGUACCA